CUUCGCCUAGGAAGAUUCAGUUUAUUAGUUUUCUUUGUCAAUAUUUUUUUACUUUGUAAUUAAUUUUUUUUUUUUGCAAAAAUUUAACUUCUCAGACUUUUCAUUAAACUGUCCUUGGAAUGUCCUCAAACAACAAUGACAAUUCGGCGAAUUUUCCGUGGACUUCCACACCGAGCAAAAAAGUUUAUUGGGUGUCGAUCAUUUGUCGUUAGAGGCCGAUUCGGGGAUUUCCUGUUUUUGUGGUUUUAUUUGCAACCAUCCUGCAGGGAUUUUCGUGAAAAAUGAGCCGAACGUGUAUCCCUUACAUUUCCACGCUAUCAUUUUCCAUAUCCUCACCAACUGUUGCUGUUCCGGCGGAGAAUUGUGUUGAAAUUCCGUCUGGUGCUUCGUCUGAAUCUGUGUUCUUUCAAGAUGGCUCCUGGAUAUUCAAACUUGAAGAUUUCCUGGAUGAUGUUGAUUUGUUUUAUCAGACAAAUGCUGAGAAACUCCCUGACCCGGGAAUGAAUGAGGAUUUGAUGUUUUUUGAUUUGAUCCCAAACGAGACGGAUGAUCAAAUGGAUACUUUUGCAAAUCCUUCGUCCUGGUCAGUGGAAAUAUUCGAUGAGAACACUAUGACUAUGGUUACAAAGAAGAAAGACUCCCCGAAGAAGUCUCAAGGUACACCAAUAAAGAAGAAUAUGCAGAAACAGAUGAAGCCAUGGAAUCACGCUUAUAUGAAGCAGAAGAUUCAGAACAUUGAUCAGGAAUUUUGGCGAGUCUUUGUCCUGGGACAUCCACCGACUGAUCCCAAGAAGAAUACCUUUCCGUGCGAUUCACCAGGAUGUGGCAAAAUGUUCAGGUCUAGGGCUGCCCUGAAGAAGCACACAUACAUCCACGGACCACGACGUCACGUCUGUGGCAGGUGUGGAAGUGCCUUUAAGGAAAGGAGUAAGCUCAAGAGGCACAAUCUCGUUCACACGAAGGAGAAACCCUUUUUGUGCAAUCACAUUGGUUGCGGGAAGCGCUUCUCGUUGGAAUUCAAUCUACGCACCCACAAGUUGAUCCACUCAGGUGAACGUCCCUACAGAUGCCCCUUCCUAGAAUGCACCAAAGCAUUCACCCAGUCUGCCAAUCUCAAAGCCCACAUACGCAGUCAUAUUCGUCGGCAGGCAUUGAUGGAUGACACCAAGAAGCAAUCCGAGCCCAGUCGACUCAAAUCUCAUCCCAAGAAUCUCCAGUACAACAUCCAAUUUAAGUAGGAAUUUUUUUUAUUUCAAUUAUUAUUCAUGCUUUUAAUUCCUUCUUGUGCUGAAGAGGGUAAAAUUAAAGAAAAAAAACUUCCUGUGUAAAAUAGAAGAAAUAAAAAGAAAUAUUUUUGCUAAAUUAUGCAGCUUUUUUAUUGAUUUUUUUUUUAAACUACAUUCUCUGGCCAGGGUUGGUUGGAUAGGAAACAUCCUGAACAGCAGCAUUGCCCUAAUUCACGAGGAAAUUGCUCUAAAUGCAUUUUUCGGUUAUUGACCUGAACGAAGAAGUUUUGCAAGGGGCUAUGUAGUUCAUGAAAAAUAUGUCCGACAUGGGAAUUAUUAGUGAAUUCGUCUAAUCUCUUUUAGUCCCUUCCAAAUACUAUUGAAAUUGACUGAAUAUUUUUAAUUAUUUUACACAAAAGCUCUAAACUCUUUGACUUCGUUCUGACUCAUGACAGAGCUAUAAAAAUACUCCUGACCAAAUCAAAACAUCGAUGGAAAAUUCAAUAAACAACCGAAAUUUUACAAAUCACUAACAAAUCCUUUUUGUUGAGUGAUUUUUUCUUGAAUUCCUGCAAGAUUUUAUUAUAUUUUUCAACGAAUAAAUAACUUUUUUAUUUUUUAAAUUCUCUAUUAAAAUUUGUUAGGUACGUUUUUCUUCAGACCUGAAGAAUGAUACAUUUUUCACCGAAAUAAGGAAUUAAAUUAAAUAAGAUAAGUCGUCG